AUGACCAUAAUUUGUCGAUAUUGUUCAAAAUUCUGGAAUGAAUUUAAGACAUUUACUCUUCGUGGAAAUGUUCUUGAUAUAGCUGUUGGUCUUAUUAUCGGUACUGCUUUUGCGAAUGUGGUUAAGUCACUUGUUGAAGACAUUCUGACGCCACCUCUCGGUUUAAUACUUGGCGGAGUGGACUUAGUUAACCUAACCAUAAUAAUCAACAAUUUUAUUUAUAUUCAUGAACCACCUGUUAUCAUACGUUACGGCAAAUUCUUACAAGCUACAUUGUAUCUAGUUGUCAUUGGUCUCGUUUUCUUCUUGCUACUUAGAAUAAUCAACGACAUGUGUGAUGUAAUACAUCACAUAAAAAUCACACCUGGAGCAUUCAUCGAAUUGACUGAACAUACAAAAGUACUUCGUGAAAUUCGUGAUCUAUUAUCUUUUCCGAUAAAACCAGAUGCUACACAUCAGACAAAUGAUGAUACUUCAACGACACGAAGACUUGUAUCUCGACCUGAACUUUAA